GCUGCCUGAAGGCUGGUCUCCCACUGUGCAUUCGAACGCGUGUCGAUGUCUGCGUGUAGUAUGCGUGCUUGCCUGGAAACUGGAAUUCCACAAACUCUUGGCUAUUGUGUAGACAGUCCCAAACUUGCCUGUGUGUCUAGACGUCCUUUUUAGAAAAAAAGGAAAAAAGGAGGAGGAAAAAAAAAAAAAAAAGAAACAAGAAACAGGAAAAAACCCCACAGACUUCUAGCCGGGAUUACCUUUCUCACACCUGUCACCACUGAUGCCCUCUCAAGGUUAGAAUUCGAGCUACGUGAGGCCAGCUUAAACCAAACGCCGUUUGAAAGGAGCUCUAUGAAGGAACAGCAGGCACUGGAAGGAGAGCAGAAGUGCCCACAGGAACAUGAACAACAGCUUGCAAGUUAACCUGCCCAGGACCUGGGCUGGUUCAAAUAGCUCGCUCCAGGAGAAGUCUGAGCAUUCCUUUUUUCUUUUCUAUUACUAUAGGAUGGAGGACGAGGCAGUACUGGAUAGAGGGGCUUCCUUCCUUAAACAUGUAUGUGAUGAAGAAGAAGUGGAAGGUCAUCACACUAUUUACAUUGGGGUCCACGUGCCGAAGAGCUAUAGGAGAAGGCGGCGUCACAGAAGAAGACCUGGGCACAAAGAAAAGAAAGAAAAGGAGAAAAUCUCUGAGAACUACUCCGACAAAUCAGACGUAGAAAAUGCUGAUGAGACAAGCAGCAGCAUCCUUAAACCGCUCAUCUCCCCCGCUGCUGAACGCAUCCGCUUCAUCCUCGGAGAGGAAGAUGACAGCCCGGCACCCCCGCAGCUCUUCACAGAGCUGGAUGAGCUUCUGGCCGUCGAUGGACAAGAGAUGGAAUGGAAGGAGACUGCGAGGUGGAUCAAGUUUGAGGAGAAGGUCGAACAAGGUGGGGAGCGAUGGAGCAAACCUCACGUGGCCACCUUGUCCCUGCACAGCUUGUUUGAGUUAAGGACGUGUAUAGAGAAAGGCUCGAUAAUGCUGGAUAUGGAGGCUUCUUCUCUCCCGCAGGUGGUGGAAAUGAUCGUUGACAAUCAGAUCGAGACGGGGCUUUUGAAAUCGGAACUGAAGGACAAAGUGACCUACACGCUGCUCAGGAAGCACCGGCACCAGACCAAGAAAUCCAACCUGCGCUCUCUGGCUGACAUUGGAAAGACCGUCUCCAGUGCAAGUAGGAUGUUUACCAACCCCGAUAAUGCACGCAGCCCCCUCGAGAGCUCCGUGCCCUGCCUCGCAACCCGCACGCUGGACGAUGAAAUGCAAGUGCGGCGCAGCCCCAGCGUGGGAUGGCUCAGCAGCCCAGCCAUGACUCACAGAAACCUGACUUCCACCAGUCUGAACGACAUCUCCGACAAGCCUGAGAAAGAUCAGCUGAAGAAUAAAUUCAUGAAGAAAUUGCCCCGUGAUGCUGAGGCUUCCAACGUGCUGGUGGGAGAGGUAGACUUCCUGGAGAGUCCUUUCAUUGCCUUCGUCCGCCUGCAGCAGGCAGUCAUGCUGGGUGCUCUGACUGAAGUCCCCGUACCUACCCGAUUUCUCUUCAUUCUACUGGGACCGAAGGGCAAAGCAAAGUCCUAUCAUGAGAUCGGCCGAGCCAUCGCCACUCUGAUGUCAGAUGAGGUAUUCCAUGACAUUGCCUAUAAAGCCAAGGACCGGCAGGACCUGAUCGCUGGCAUUGAUGAGUUUCUGGAUGAAGUCAUUGUGCUCCCGCCUGGGGAAUGGGAUCCAGCCAUUAGGAUAGAGCCCCCCAAGUCUCUUCCUUCUUCAGAUAAAAGGAAAAACAUGUACUCGGGUGGAGAAAACGUACAGAUGAAUGGAGAUACGCCUCAUGAUGGAGGACACGGCGGCGGAGGCCACGGGGACUGUGAAGAACUGCAACGGACCGGCAGAUUCUGCGGUGGCUUAAUCAAAGACAUAAAGAGGAAAGCACCAUUCUUCGCCAGCGACUUCUACGACGCUUUAAAUAUUCAAGCCCUUUCAGCCAUUCUUUUCAUCUACCUGGCCACAGUGACCAACGCUAUCACUUUUGGAGGAUUGCUUGGUGACGCAACGGAAAACAUGCAGGGCGUGUUGGAGAGCUUUCUGGGCACAGCAGUCACCGGCGCGAUAUUUUGCCUUUUUGCUGGUCAGCCACUCACAAUUUUGAGCAGCACAGGACCUGUCCUUGUCUUUGAACGGCUUCUCUUUAAUUUCAGCAAAGACAACGAUUUUGACUACCUGGAGUUUCGUCUCUGGAUUGGCCUUUGGUCAGCCUUCCAGUGUCUCAUUCUCGUCGCUACCGAUGCCAGCUUCCUGGUCAAGUACUUCACCCGCUUCACCGAAGAAGGUUUUUCCUCCCUUAUUAGCUUCAUCUUCAUUUAUGAUGCUUUCAAGAAGAUGAUCAAGCUGGCAGAUCAUUACCCCAUCAACUCCGAGUUCAAGGUGGACUAUAUCACACAUUACUCUUGUGCCUGUGAACCAUUUGAUCCAGUUAAUAGCUCGUUAUUUAACAGGACAGCGGUGCCGUCAGCUGAUGAGUCGCUCUAUUCCUCUACUGAGAUGUACAACACCACCGUUGACUGGUCAUCUCUGACAACGAAGGAGUGCUUGAAAUACGGAGGACAACUUGUGGGCAACAACUGCGAAUAUGUCCCUGACAUCACCCUCAUGUCUUUCAUCCUCUUUUUUGGCACUUACACCUGCUCCAUGGCCCUGAAGAAAUUCAAGACCAGUCGCUAUUUUCCAACCACUGCCCGGAAACUCAUCAGUGACUUUGCCAUUAUCUUGUCCAUUUUGAUUUUCUGUGGAAUAGAUGCCCUGGUAGGCGUGGACACACCAAAACUACUUGUGCCAAGUGAAUUCAAGCCAACCAGUCCCGAGAGGGGUUGGUUUAUCCCACCUUUUGGAGGGAACCCAUGGUGGGUGUACCUGGCAGCAGCCAUCCCUGCACUGCUGGUGACUAUCCUCAUCUUCAUGGACCAGCAAAUCACGGCCGUCAUCGUCAACAGGAAGGAGCACAAGCUCAAGAAAGGUGCUGGAUAUCAUCUGGAUUUGUUCUGGGUGGCCAUUCUGAUGAUCGUAUGCUCCUUUAUGGGUCUGCCCUGGUAUGUUGCUGCUACCGUGAUCUCCAUUGCUCAUAUUGACAGCUUGAAGAUGGAGACGGAAACUUCAGCCCCUGGAGAACAGCCCAAGUUUUUGGGAGUGAGGGAGCAGAGAGUCACUGGAGUCAUCGUUUUCAUCCUGACCGGCGUGUCUGUCUUUAUGGCUCCCAUCCUAAAGUUCAUUCCCAUGCCCGUGCUCUACGGCGUCUUCCUCUACAUGGGCGUCGCGUCCCUCAACGGCGUGCAGUUCAUGGAUCGUCUGAAGCUGCUUUUGAUGCCUCUAAAACACCAGCCUGACUUUAUCUACCUGCGCCACGUCCCGCUGCGCAGGGUCCAUCUGUUCACCUUCCUGCAGGUGGUGUGCCUGGCCCUCCUCUGGAUCCUCAAGUCGACCGUGGCUGCUAUCAUAUUCCCUGUCAUGAUCCUGGCACUUGUAGCAGUCAGAAAAGCCAUGGACUACCUCUUCUCCCAGCAUGACUUAAGCUUCCUUGACGACGUCAUUCCAGAAAAGGACAAGAAAAAGAAGGAGGAUGAGAAGAAGAAGAAAAAGAAGAAGGGCAGCAUGGACAGUGACAAUGAUGAUUCUGACUGCCCCUACUCAGAAAAAGUCCCAAGUAUUAAAAUACCAAUGGACAUCAUGGAGCAGGAACCUUUCCUAAGUGAUAGCAAACCUGCCGACAGAGAAAAAUCACCAACAUUCCUUGAACGCCAUACGUCGUGCUGAUACAAUUCCUUUCCUUCAGUCACACACCAUGCCAAGGAUUCGGUCACUGGGAAGCUGUGCUAGCAGAAGUCCUGAGCACGGCAGACCACGUUAGGAAUUGGCCGAGAGGCCUGGAGGGGGUCCCCACGCUUACCUUGUCUUUCUCUUUCUUCGCAGCCCUCCACGAACUCCAGUAAAAGUUGUGCCUCAAAUUAGAAUAGAGCUUGAGCCUGAAGACAAUGGUUAUUUCUGGAGGAGCAAGGGAACAGAAACUACUUUGUAAUUUGUCUGUCUGUUAAAUCUUUUAUGGAAUUUAUUUUGUCACUAGCCAAAUAUUAAAAUGCUCUCUGCUCCCCACCUGCAUAGGUAAAUGAGACAUCCCGCGCUGCCCCUCCACCCCUGCCCCUGCAGAUCUCCUCCGAUCCCUCCUCACCCCGUUUUCCCACGCCGACCAAGACUCGUUUUGCCUUCUCUGUCGCUUUGUCGUGCUCGCGCCUCUCUCAUUCGCAAGCGGAGGGCAGAAGUAUUAAGGAUAUCAUACCAUACCUGCGGGAGAUGUCAGGGGAACUGGCAUUACUUUAGUUGUGAAUCCGUGUUUGUUUGUUUGUCUGUUUGUCGCCUGGCAGAACAAAACUGGCCUCUGGGCUAAUUGGGUGUCUUGCUUAUGCUGCUCGAAGAUGCUGGAAAGUGCUGCUAAUACUAACUUGCUCUUAAAGCCUGUACUCGUAGUUAACACAGGAAGGAAAAGGAAAAGGUACUUCACUCCCAGCGCAGACAAACCAUUGCCAUCGUUGUAGCAUGUGUUUUGAAAUGUCCCUUUCCUAUGCAAUUUUUUUUAAAGAAACACUUUAAUGGACUUAAUCCGUCAGGUACAUCGAAGAGUGUUAUUUUCCUAGAUUAUUUUGUUUAAAUUAUGGGGGCCUAACCUAUGACUUUUUUUUGUCAAUUUUUUUAACCUUUUUUUAAUUACUGUAAAGAAAAAUGAAUUUUUCCUGCAGCAGGAAACGUAUAGUUAUGAGUAGUUCUACCUCUUAUUUCUAGAUGCCAGGCUUUCUGUAAAAAAUGUAUUGUACCAUAUAUAAUGUGAUUUUUACAAAAAAAAAAAAAAAAAAAAAAAAAGACAACCACAAAACACAAAACCACAACACCACACCACAAUCUCCAGGACAUGGCGUAGGGCUGGAUCGGUUUGAUUAACACCUUCUACUCUGAAGCAUCUGUUUUACUUAGGGUUAUGUUAUUUAAUUAUUUUUUUUUAAUAAGUAAUCUAACUUCACUAUGAAGGAGACGGGAUGUAACUUAAAUCUCUUGUGAUCUAGGAAGAGUCUUAAAUGUAACGUUGGUAAGCGAAAUGCUGACCAGCUACCGCCAUCAGUGGACAGAUGCUGAUUGUAUUCAUGUUGUUGAUUUGCUACGUGGUAUUGUUCGAAUUAUUUCUUUUGAAACAUCGGCGUGUGCGUAUGUGUAUACAUGAGAAGACCCCGGGUGCGCUUCAGGCGCGAUGACGGCGCGAAGGAGGAGAAAGGCAGCUGAAGACGGCCUGCUGGGAUGCUCAUCCCGACGCUCGUAUUCGCCAGGCUCACAAACUUCUGCAUCCUCUAGCAUCCCGCAUCUGUUUACCAUCGUCUGCAGAAUUCACCCUAAAUCUUGACUGCUCGGUCCUAGACCCCUCCAUCCGUACGCGGCGAUGCGUCAAUACCAAGCAGGGUAGGCAGGGACACGCCCGUGCUUUUGGUUUUAAACCAAGCGAGCAAAUACCACCUCGGGAGAGAUGAUUUUUCUCUCUGUAGCACGUACACGUAUGUACUUGUGUGUCCGUAGAAACGUGCAUUUGGGAAAUUGGGCUUCACCGAGACAUUUCUUUGAUGACUCGUGAGGACUACAUGUAACACACUAAAAGCUUCAUAAAAAAAAAAAAAAAAAAAAAAAAAGGCAAGAAAGAAAAAAAGCCCAGCUAUAAGGGCUAAUUCCCCAAUGGAGAAAAUCCCACUGCAGAGGACAGGCGUGUUGCUGCCGCUUUUGUCCUUGCGAAACCAAAGUCCGUGUUGGUUAAGUAAACAGAAUUUCACGAUGGUGCUGAGACCUUACAUGCCAAAUUUUAGCAUCUACUCACUCGUAGUAGCCAGAUCGGCAACGGGAGGUGCAGAACAGGGCUAUUCUUUUCUUUCCCAGAUGUGCUGUAGAAGCAGCUGGCCACCUUACUUUCCCGACAGCGCUUUUUGGUUAAAGGGUGAGUUGACGGGGACCGUGGUAGUUUGAGCUCGACCUGCUGCAAGCCGUCACUGCUGCGGAAAGACGAUGGAGCUGCCCGCACAGCACACGCGCGCACCUCCGUACAUUCCCCGGCUCGUUCUCGAGGGGUCUCGCUUUUGGCUUCCACGAAACGUGUGUCCGCUCUCAGAUGGGCAUCCCCGGCACCCAGCCCAAACCCCCUUCCCAAAGCCUCGGGAGACGUCGGGAACGGCCAGAAAAGGAGCGGUUCCGUGAUGCUAGCUGGAGGACAGAUAACCUGGGAAGUGCGAUGCCGGCUUCAGCCGACGUUUUUCCAUCCCUUAGCGAACGCGAGUCCCCGGUUCCCAGAGGGCGGACAGACUCGGGCGUCACCGACAGAGCGCGCGGGAGCUGCUUGUGUUUUGCCCAGACCUUUGGUUUGUAGGAAUCCCAGUUAACGGAGGGAGGAAAGAUCAAACCAGAUGAAUGGAAGUGGCUUUCUUGCUCCCGGUAGGCUCGGCGGGCAGCGUGCUGCACCCGCGCAGCUUCCCAUCUGCGGGCACCUGGCGAUGCCUCUCCACAAAAAUGAGGUCUUCCACUUCGGAACCGCGUUAAAUGUACUUGAAACGUACUGACUGCUGAUCUAGAUCUUGCUCUUUUCUUUUUUCUGUUUUUUUUUUUUUUAUUUUAACCCGAGGGAGCUGUCGUGCAGAGGGCGGCGUUGCUGAAGGGACGGGACAAAGGUUUCUGUAGCUUUCCGUGAAAAACACGCGACUCCGGUGACAGGAGCUGGAAAUGUUCCCUUUCCUGGUGCCUGGCACUAGCACUUCAUGGGUGGUUGUGUCUCUUUUGUUGGUUUUUCCUUUAAAAAACAAAAGAAAACCCAACGCAGAGAGAGCAACCGAGAGCUCUCCUGGCACCAGGCGUCGGCGGGCAGCCCAAGGGAAGUGUCACUGCGCUUCAUAGACCUCUGAAAAUAACUAAAACUUCUUUUCAGUCGGAACUGGGUAUUCUGUGGGAAAAGCCUGGGUGAGCACUUCUGGGCGUAGGCGUGGAGACUGACCCAAAGCCCUCUGCGAUCCGAGGCGGCCGUCAAGGAAUGAAAUUCCCAGAGCAAAACAAAACCAGGUCCCAGCUCGUGGUGGGACCCCGUGGCAGCCACCCAGCUGCAGCCAGCGUCGUCCCAGCCCCGGGAGUGUGGUGGCCGUCUGCCUCUGUAGCCCACGCUUAUUUGUCAUCGUGGCCGAUAUGUCUUUGUAUUUUUAUUUUAUUUUUUUUUUAAUCAACACGCACUUUCAGAUACUUUUAUUAUUGUUUUUAAUUCUCGUAAGUCUGUAUUUGCUUUGGAGGAAAGAAUAAAAACUUAGUAUAAAAUGAAGUGGAUCAAGAUGGUGGAACAAAAAGGAAAAAAAGCAGAAAACAUUUCAAUAUAUUAAAAUGAUUUUUUUUUCCAGUAAUAUAAAACACGAAAUUCCUUAUAACAUUAUAGUAUUUUACAGUUUUAUGAAGCUUUCUAUUGUGACUUUUAUGGAAUCAAAAGAUGAAGAUGAUGAGAUAUUUUAGCAUUUAUAUUUUUCAAAAUUAAAUGUAUACUGAAAAUAAAGUAACUUUAUGCAUUUA